AUGUCGGAAACCGCUCCUGCUGAGACCGCCGCCCCGGCGCCGGUGGAGAAGUCUCCGGCGAAGAAGAAGGCGGCCAAGAAGGCAGCGAGCGGGGGCGCGGCGAAACGCAAAGCGUCCGGGCCUCCGGUGUCGGAGCUCAUCACCAAGGCCGUGGCCGCUUCUAAAGAGCGCAAUGGCCUAUCCCUGGCCGCGCUCAAGAAAGCGCUGGCGGCCGCGGGCUACGACGUGGACAAGAACAACAGCCGCAUCAAGUUGGGCCUCAAGAGCUUGGUAAGCAAGGGCACCCUCGUGCAGACCAAGGGCACCGGCGCCUCGGGUUCUUUCAAGCUCAACAAAAAGGCGGCUUCUGGCGAGGCAAAGCCCAAGGGUAAGAAGGCGGGCGCGACCAAGCCCCGGAAGCCCGCAGGAUCCACCCCCAAGAAGCCCAAGAAGGCUGCAGGGGCCAAGAAACCCGUCAAGAAGACUCCCAAGAAAGCGAAGAAGCCCGCGGCUACAAGCGUUAAGAAGGUGGCCAAGAGCCCCAAGAAAACUAAGACCGCCGCGAAGCCCAAAAAGGCAGCCAAGAGUCCCGCCAAGCCCAAGGCUGUGAAGCCUAAGGCAGCUAAGCCCAAAGCUGCUAAACCUAAGGCGGCCAAGCCGAAGGCGGCGAAGGCCAAGAAGGCGGCUCCGAAAAAGAAGUAG